AUGGUGACUUUUACUAUCCCACGAGUCCUUGCGGACUUCACCCAUCUCGCUUCAAAAUGUGUGCUUAUAUGGACCAUUCAUCAAAAUCGGAGCGCAGAAGGUGUCUCGCUUCUGACUCAAGGCCUCUACACGCUGGUCUUCCUGACACGCUAUGUCGAUUUAUUUCAAUCAAAGGGCUGGAGUAGUGCCUACAACGUGAUUUUCAAAAUCUUCUACUUCAUAUCCUCGUUUUACACCAUAUAUUUGAUGAUGAGAGUCUUCCCUCGAACUCGGGAACGAGAGAGGGCAUGGAAGAUGGCUUUGGGCUCUAUCGCAGUUUCCUUGAUCCUCGCACCAAUCGUCUGGCCCAUCUUCGAGAAGUAUAGCAGAUCAUGGUUUGAAGACAUCCUAUGGACUUUUUCAAUCAUCCUAGAAUCAGUCUGUGUCCUCCCACAGCUGUUACUCCUGCGCCAGACGACCGUCCCUACCGUGAUUAAUUCGUACUAUCUCUUAAUGCUGGGAUCUUACCGCGCUUUCUACAUUAUAAACUGGUUCGUCAGAGCAGUCGGCCCCGAACGUCAUGUGGAUUGGAUAUCAAUCAUCUUCGGUAUCAUACAGACAGCAUUCUAUGUCGACUUUGCCUGGGUAUACUAUACACGUCAACGCGUCAAGCUUCGAAAUGGAGGGGUGGUCGACUCGGAGGACUACCGGAAUAGCUAUCUUGUGAAUAAAGUCUUCAAUAUUAGGCGGCGAAGAAGCGAAGAUGAGGAGGAGCAGAGGCUCCAUGGGGAAGGUGACGGCGACGAGCGCCAGUCCAGGAAUAACCGCUGGGGUGCGAGGGGAAUAUCUGUUUCGGCGGAUGAUACUUUGGAAAACCAACGCGGUGAGCAACCUUUCGCCGCGGACCGUGAUGCAGAAGGUUUCUCAGAUGAGGAGAGCAAUUAA